AUGGCGGCGGCGGCGGCGAUCGGGCGCGCAGUGCCGGCGUGGCGGCGGCGGCUGCUGUGCCUCUGUGUGUGCGCCGCGCUGCUGCUGCCGGCGGCGCGGGGCCUCACCGAGGGGCUGUACUGCGGCCGCCGGGUGUGCUACGAGGUGCUGGGCGUCAGCCGGCAGGCCAGCAAGGCGGAGAUCGCCCGCGCCUACCGGCAGCUGGCCCGCAAGUACCACCCCGACCGCUACCGCGGGGAGCCGGCCGCGCUGGGCGGCGGCCCGCAGGCGGCACACGAGAAGUUCCUCCUCAUCGCCACCGCCUACGAGACGCUCAAGGUGAGAGAGCGGGGACCGCCGCCGCGGCCGGAGCCGCUCCGGAUGAAGAAAUGCGCAAAGAUUAUGACUACAUGUUGGAUCAUCCUGAAGAGUAUUACAGGCAUUAUUAUCACUACUACAGCAGGAGAUUGGCACCGAAAGUGGAUGUUAGAAUAG